CGGCGCGACCACAUUACGUGCCAGCAGCAUAAUCCAAGGGAGGCAAGCAACGCAUCCUCUCGCCUUUCACCUUCCCUUUCCUCGUCCGCACUCCGUCCUUCGCUCCCUUCCUCUCCAGCUUUCUCAUUCUGCCUCCCUUUGGACCAAAAUCUUUAAAUAUCCACUGGGUUACUGGAUUCCCUGCUUUUUUCUCUCCAUCUACCGUCGCCACAAGCGAGGGAGGAGACGAGAUCGAGAUCUGAGUCGCCUUUUUCUUUUCCCUUUCUGUUGUUUUGGUGCGGGCUGGGAAGAGCGAUCAUGGGUUCGUCGUCGGGCCCGGGGCAUAGCUACGAUUACUCCUUCAAGAUAUUGCUGAUCGGGGACUCCGCGGUGGGCAAGAGCAGCCUCCUCGUCUCCUUCAUCUCCAACCACCUCGGGGAAGAUCUCGCCCCCACCAUCGGAGUGGAUUUUAAGAUCAAGCAUCUUACAGUUGAUGACAAAAAAUUAAAGCUUACUAUAUGGGACACUGCUGGACAGGAGAGGUUUAGGACGCUAACUAGUUCUUAUUACAGAGGUUGUCAAGGAAUAAUUCUGGUUUAUGAUGUGACAAAGCGGGAGACUUUCACCAAUCUGGCUGAUGUAUGGGUUAAGGAAGUAGAGUUGUAUGCAACAAACCACAACUGUGUCAAAGUGCUCGUUGGAAACAAAGUUGACAAGGAGGCUGAUAGAAUGGUGACAAGAGAAGAGGGAAAUGCCUUUGCAAAUGAGUAUGGAUGUUUGUUUCUAGAGUGCAGUGCGAAAACAAGAGCCAAUGUGGAGAGAUGUUUUGAAGAACUGGCACUGAAGAUCCUGGAAGUUCCUAAACUGGUGGAGGAAGGAUCAGUUCCAGUUAAAAGGAAUAUCCUGAAGCUGCAGCAGGAACAACAUGCACACCAAGGAGGAGGCUGUUGCUCAUCCUGAAGUACAUACUCAUCCCAACAAUAUGCUGUGUACAUACACUCAUUUUUAAUGUUUUGUACAGAUAUUGGUUGUUUUAUCAGUUUGUUUGGUUGUUCGUA